CACCAGUGAACGCUGUAGAAGGCGCGGCGUCUCGAUCUCUUUGCAUUUACAGCAUGAUCGCGAUAAUUGAAGUAGAUGCGUAAGCGUAUCGUGCGGAUUAAGUGACGACCGAGUCGGGAAAGAUCCCCAGGAGCGUCAGUUUAUCGAUAACGGGGUGCUCCGUCACUCUCGUCGGUGAGUAUCCUGAACGCCGGUGUCACGAGAGGUUACGUCCGCGAGCGGGACAAAUGAAUCGAUUGUGGUAGUGGGAACAGAAAGGUAAGGGAUCAUGUCGAGAAAGUGGUUGUCGAAUUUCGCGCUGGCCGGUACCAUCAGGCUGCUGAUAAUGAACUCCGAGUACCAGAGGAUCAUCGGCAAUCGUGUCGAGGUGUCGACCGCCUUAAACUCUUGGAAGAGAGUAACUGAAGGAGUUUAUCUACAUAAGUUUGGCAUAGACCCGUACGAGGGAGAUCUAUUUCACGAGACUCCAAUCGGCUUGUACGUAUUCACUCUGAUGCAGGAGUACUUACCUCAAUGGGCAUUAUUUCUACUGUUCGUUAUCGUUGAUUUAACGACUGCCCUGUGCCUCGCUAUUGCAGCAAAACAUUACGCAAUUGAGUUGGCAACGAAAAGGAAAGAGGAAAAGGAUGAGAAUAAAAGGCUUAGUAAAGAUGUUCCCAAUACGUCUGCUCUGUACGUUUCUGCAGCGUAUCUAUUUAAUCCUUAUAUAAUACUAAAUUGCAUUGGCCUAACAACUACGGUUUUUACCAAUCUACUCUACUCGAUCGCGCUGGUGUCAAUGACGAGACGCUCUGUGCUUUGGAGUUGCGCAUCGAUAGCGUUAUUGACGUUGCAAGGACUCUACCCCAUGUCGCUUAUGGUACCGGCAACUAUUUACGUCGCCACUACGGCGAAGAACAGAAAAAUCGGUAUCAUUACGAUGCUAAUCGUAUUUACGAGCAUCCUGGCGAUCCUAUUCGCCGUUUCUUACUGCAUCAUGGGAAGCUGGUCGUUCUUGUGGAGCACCAUUGGUUUCAUUCUAACUGUUCCAGACUUACGUCCGAAUAUCGGACUGUAUUGGUACUUCUUCACAGAAAUGUUCGAGCAUUUCAGAUGGCUUUUUAUCGCGUCCUUUCAGAUAAACGUCAGUUUAUUGUACAUAGUCCCUCUAGCGCUACGGUUGCGACGCGAUCCAAUGUUAUUGGCAUUUUCCUACCUAGCGAUAGCUGCCAUAUUCAAAUCUUAUCCGUGCAUCGGAGACGUUGGCUUCUAUAUAUCUUUACUGCCGCUAUGGAAACACUUGUUUCAACAUAUGCAACAAGGAUUCAUUGUAGGUUGUUUUUUACUGUUUUGUACGGUCUUUGCCCCAACUGUGUGGCAUCAGUGGAUCUAUUCCAGAUCGGCGAACGCCAAUUUUUAUUUUGGAGUAACAUUGGCAUUCGCUAUAGCACAAAUCUUCCUUCUGACGGACAUCUUAUUCGCUAGCGUAAAAUACGAGUUCGCAGUUCAGCACGGUAUUGAUAAGAAAAUUAACGGAAAUGAGGCUAAACUGCUACUCGAGUAAAAUAGGUUUUUUUAGAGCGAAAUGUACAAUCCCCUGC